CUGGACCGGCACCACCGAGAGGAAACCUCCGGGCUUCCUAGAGCGGACGGUGGGCUCCCGCCGUCCUUCCGGCUCGGCGCUGGCUGGGGGAGCCCGCCCUCCGGCGGGAGGGUGGACCGUUGUGCUAAUCGUCCGCCGGGGUGAUCCCGGCCUUGGAGGUGAGGUGGCUCGGCGCAUUCGUGGUCUUGGCUGGCUUGAGAGCCUUGAUCUGGAAGAGCCUGGCCGAAGAGGCCCGCGCCCCUGCCCGCGGUGACGGGUUCGUUCGUCUUCCUCCGAAGGGCUUUCUGUGCCCGCCUUCUUCGUUGGCGGCUGGAGAUGUCGGCGUCGCCUGCUUCCCGCCGCUCCGAGCGGGCGUGCGCCCAGCAUCACCCACCGGUCCACUUGAGCAUCUCUUUUUCCUGUUUUGACCCGCUGCCAAGCCUCCACCAGCAUUUUGUGCUGUAGCCCCUCUCGGUCCAGGCGCCCCCUUUCUUUCCAGAGGAGACCUCUCUUGGUCAUCGUGUCAAAGUGUCCAGGGUGAACUGAACUCAGCUUCGACUUGUACAGAGUGUCACAUCUCAGGACCUGGAGGGCAGUGUGCGAAGCAGAGACGCCUGCCAUGCUCCAGAUCACCUGGCGCCCAGAGCCAGUGACCUUUGAGGAUGUGACUGUGUACUUCACCCAGAAUGAAUGGGUCAUCCUGGAUCCUGUGCAGAGGGCCUUGUACAGGGAGGUGAUGCUGGAGAAUUAUGCAAAUGUGACUUCCCUGGCUUUUUCGUUCACCAGACCUGUUCUGGUCUCUCAGCUGGAGUGAGGGGAACUGCCAUGGGGCCUUGAUCCCUGGGAACCCGUGGGCAGGGAGGCCCUCAGAGGAGUCUGUCCAGGCGGGGAGACCAGAAAUGACAAGGAAGAAUCAACGCCAAAAGAACACAUUUCCAAAGAAGCAGAGUCCCACGGACUGACAUUAGGAGGUCUGCCAGGGAAUGUUCCCCAGCACCUUGGCUUCAGGAGCCACCUAGAACAGCACAGCCACGGGAUGGUGAAGAGGACAAAGUCAAAGAGGAGAGAUUUCACAGAUGGGUCAACCAGGCAUCAGGAGGCCUGUGCUGUGGAGAGCGGGGAGAAGUGUGAGAAACUGGGAAAAUACAUUAGUGUUAGCACACAACUCACUACAAAUCAGACAAUUUCUAGCGGUCAGCUAUCUUAUAAGUGUGGAAAAUGUGACAGAUGCUUCAUUCGGAUGGCAGACUUCCACAGACAUCAGAGAUGUCACACUGGUGAAAAGUCUUUUGAAUGCAAAGAAUGCGGAAAAUACUUCAGAUAUAAUUCCUUACUUAUCCGGCAUCAGGUAAUCCACACUGGGAAGAAACCAUUUAAAUGCAAAGAAUGUGGGAAAGGUCUCAGUUCAGACAUGGCCUUGAUUCAGCAUCAGAGAAUCCACACUGGAGAAAAGCCUUAUGAGUGUCGGGAGUGCGGCAAGGCCUUCAGCUGCAGCCCCGUCUUCCUCCAGCACCAGAGGUUCCACACUGGAGAGAAGCUCCAUGAGUGCGACGAAUGUUGGAAAACUUCCAGCUGUAGCUCAAGUUUCAUCCUCCAUCAGCGAAUGCACACUGGGGAGAAACCCUGUGAAUGUAAGGAGUGUGGGAAAUGAUUAAGCUCCAACACAGCCCUGACUCAGCAUCAGCGGAUCCACACUGGGGAGAAACCUUUUAAAUGUAAGGAGUGUGGGAAGGCGUUCAAUCAGAAAAUCACCCUGGUUCAGCUUGAGCGUGGCCGCACUGGUGAGAAACCUUAUGAGUGUAAGGUGUGUGGGAAAACCUUUAGCUGGUGUGGAAGAUUCAUCCUGCAUCAGAAACUCCACGUGCAGAAGACAUCUGUCCAAGAGUAGCACUCUCCACAGCUAGGCUCACAGUGCCUCUUCUUGUUUCUCCCCAUCUUCAUGCCUUUGAUCAGUGUCAUCACUGCAUUUUCUGAACUGUGCUAAUUCUAUUUAUUUAUUUAUUUAUUUAUUUAUUUAUUUAUUUAUGGCUGCAUGGGGUCUUAAUUGCAGCAUGCAGGAUCUUUCGUUGUGUCGCACCAGCUUCUCUCUAGUUGUGGCGUGGGCUCCAGAGUGUGCGGGCUCAUUAGUUGUAGCUCACAGGCUUAGUUGCCCUGUGGCAUGUGGGAUCUUCGUUCCCUGACCAGGGAUCGAACCCGCUUCCCCUGCGUUGGAAGGUGGAUUCCUAACCACUGAACCACCAGGGAAGUCCCUAACUGUGCUAAUUCUUAAACAUAUGCUGCUUCUCUCUGCAUAACUGCAACGCGUGCUCCUCUGGCCUGUCCCACUAAGAUGUUUAAUUCAGACUCUCAGCUUGCAUCAUGAAACUUUCCUCAGGUUCUCUUAACCCUUGUUUCCCCAAGAUGAACUCUCUUUACAGUUAGAAAAGACAAGAAACAAACCCCCAAACUUAAAAACAUCAAAGGAAGGUUUUCAGAUUGAAAGGAUACACCAAGUGCCCAGCAAGAUGGAUUGGGGGGAAACCUACAUCAAAGACCAUCACUGUGAAUGAUCAAAGCACCAGGUUUAAAGAGAAGAUGUUAAAACGUUUCUAGAGAGGGAAAACAAAAGAUCAGGAGUAAGAAUAGCAUUGGAUUUCUCAACAGCAACCUUGACAGUUAGAUGACAAUGGUGUAUGCCUUUGACAUUCUAAGGGAAAUGAUUUCCGCCAGAAUUUUAUACCCUCAAGUGUGGGUAUAGAAUAAAGACAUUUCAGAGCUUGUACCUCUUAAAAUUUUAUCUCCCCUGCAUCCUUUCUCAGAUGUGCAACCCUAAACAAGGGUUAAGAAAAGGCAAGCUAUGUGGACCCUCUAUUAAAAUCUGUAUAUUGGAAGUCUCUUAAACACAAAAACAGAGGGGCCCUGUCUGUGUGGAGCCAUCUGCAUCUUGGAAGCACAGUCCUAAUAGGGUGCAGACUUCCAGAGACCUACCUUGGGUACAGUGCCCACCCUCACUACUUCUGACUCUGCAGUGACUCUUUGCUACUCAGUUGUAGUCUAUGCCUUUGCAAAAAUGGGGUGUUUGUACCCUUUGAAUGAGAUGCAAGGCCCUAUUUGUCUUAAAUUUGACCAUCUCAUUACUGUUCCAAGUGACCACCCAUCAGCAAACAUUCCCUUGCAAUUUCAUCUGGUUAUUUUUUAUGAUCUGGAAGAAGCCACCAUUAUUUUCUGUUACCUGUGGUUACAAGAGAAGUAAAUAUGUUCUGUUGUAGCAUCCACUCGUGCAGACAGCUUGACUUUGCCCACUGCAGGAAGCAGAGGGUAGUGGUUAAUCAUUCGGAGCCAGGCCAACUUUGGUAUGAACCCAGGCGUGUGACCUUGGCUAAGUUACAGAAACUGCGCUAAUUUCCUUAUCUGUAAAAUAGGGAUGACCGUCUACCUCACAGGAUUGUGCUGAGGAUUAACUGCAUUAAUACACAUAGAAGUAGUUAGAACAGUGACUGGAGCAUAAUAAAAGUGUUAUUAUCAUAA